ACCUUUUGAUAGCAUUUCUAUCAACUCAAUCAGUUGAGAACUUGAUUAUUAUUAUUAUUUUCUUGUUUACAAUUUGAUAAUUAUUUUAUCUUCUUCUUAUUGUUGUUGUUUUAUUAAUAGAAGAUUCGCCUGUUAAACCAUCAAAUUCUUUAAUUGUUACCAUGUUUUUAUAGAUUAUUGUGUUUAGAUUGAUGGGUUAAUCUUUUUACUCUUCUUCUAAUUUUUUGUUUGUUAUUUUGUUUGUUUACCAAAUGGAAACUGAUAUUAGAUUUGUCCAAUCUUAUUAUCGCCGUUCAACUUUGUACAGUUUCCUUAAUUUCUGUCCCGGUUCAUUUGUAUAAUUCAAUUUUCUAUUUCUAUAUUGAUGCUUCAAUUAAUUGCUGUUUGUUCAGCUUCUCAGAAACCGUCUUGAAUUUAGAUUCAUAUGGAAUCCAAAAUGUAUUCAAAGUGAUCAUCUCAGAAAAGUGAACUAUUGUUGACCUCACAAACGCACAUAACUAAAGACAAUUAUAAUAAUCAAGUUAUAUCAACGUUAACUGUUUUUGCCAAAAUAAUUAAGCCAAAGACGACGAUGAAUAGUCAACCUAGUAAUGCAUAUCACAUGGAUGGUAGAUUUAAUGGUUCCCAUAACAAUGGUUUUUAUGGAAUUGGUUCAUCAGGAUCUCAGCGUUUCUAUCAGCCUGGAUUAGCGCCAGGAGUUCCGGUUACAUCAGGAAUCUCAACCACUCCCUCAUGUAAUAUGGUUUAUAAAUUAUCUCCUCAAGAAGAAGUUAAGAAACGUCUCGUCCAAGGUCACCUAUCUUACCUCAAUAGGGAUGAAACUCCAGAGAAAUUGGCUCACAAAACCAAAUUGGAAUCUUUAAUUUUAGAAUAUUUAUCAAUGGUUCCCCAUUGUAACAAGUUCGAUAACAUUGAGGUAGCCGAAUGUUUUGACAAAAGCAUUUAUGAGAAUAAAAAUUUCACCGCACCUCGAGCUGCAUCGGCUUUCGAGGUACUCGAAAAGUAUGCCACAAGCCUCUUAACGAAACCUUGGAGGAAAGAAUUUCGAACAAUCUUACCUUAUGGUGGUUACAUGAAAGGUUUGGUCGAUAAACAACUUCGAGGAGCUUCAAAAAUUUUGUACCUAAUGGGUUAUCGAAAUAAGAGUAUUAAUGGUGUUGUCUGUUAUUCUGCUGAAUCUUCCAUCAUCGAUCCAGAUACUUUAGCCCGAGUAUCAUUAGAUUGUCUAAUUGCCUUUGUUGAGUGUCAAAUGAUGAUCGAAAUAGCUGAUACAUUGAAGAAAAAUAUUUCUCUCAGUUGGCUUCAAAUUUUAGACAUUCGAGCCAAUUCAAUAUGUUCAAUGGAUCAGCUGAUCAACUAUGUCCUUGAUUCGGAUAGAUUAAUUGAUCUGGAAACCGAUCCUUCAUUAAGCCUUCAUUCUUCCAAAUAUGGUAAACAAUCCCAUCCAAUUGGACAGAACAAAAGAUUACCUGGACAAGUUCAAUCUCCACAAUAUCAUCAAAAUGGUUGUCCAGUUCUCCGAGAGAAUCGACGGACAAACGAUCUUCCCCCACCCAAAGAAAUUAUUAAUCAUCAAAAUUUGGAUAAUUCUCGUUCUCGUGAUCUAAUGAAUUUCACUGUAGAAAAUGAAUCACGAAAUCCAAAUGUAAUCUAUCACGGCAUUCAUACGCCUACUGGUUAUAUCGCUCCUCCACCCAUGUUUGCUAGUGAAUUUUCAAAUUCUUAUGCAGCUAAUCAUCAAACUUUCAAUUCAAACAAUUACCCACCUUAUCUUCAUCAUCACCAUCAACAAAAUCAACAACAACAACAACCUGUUUCAUCCUCCACUCCUUUACAAUCCAUAGCAACUAAUAAUAAAUCUAAUCACAAUCACAAUGAUUCAGGUUUGAACAAAAAUAGUGUAGACACAAUUGACGGAACUUUAUCAACUUUGAACAUUAAGUCAAGCGGAUCGAGACUUAAAAACGUUGACCGUCGUACACCAACAUCUACAACUUCACGAACACCAUGUUCAUCAUCAACGGUUAUUUCGAGUCAUGGUACGAGCCGAUCUGAUGAAUCAAAUCAACUGUCUGAUUGUAAUUUGACUAAUAAUAAUUCAUCUCAUGUUACCAAUAAUACUACAAAUAAUAACAACGCUGCCAAUAAAAGAUUGGAAGAUCGUAUCAAUGCAAUUCUCAAAAGCUUUUCAGAUGAAGAUAAAUCAAGAAAAUCAGUCCCACCUAAUCCCGAGCCAAAAGAACGUAAAUCAAUUGAAAGAUUACCAGAGAGAAAACCUGAAUCUAUGCUGAAUCAACAUCGAAUUAACAAAAAUCGUGAUAAAAGUCAUGAUCGAUCUGCUGGAAUUACCAAAAGUAAUCAAAGCGAUAAAAAUGGUUGGCCUUGUGCUUAUUGUACCUUUUUGAACACCAAUCAAACCGAGAUUUGUGAUAUGUGUUCCCGAAGUCGAGAUAAACCUGAGGCCAAUCUACUCAGCGGUGGGAGAGUUUGUCCAGUUUGUACUCUUGUUAAUUCAAAAGAUGCAACCAGUUGUAGUGCUUGUGAACAUAGUUUACUAAAUUCACCCACUUACAUUUGAAUCAAUUCCAAGGAGCUUAUUAUUAUUACGCUUAUCAACUUACAUUGUUAAAUUUUUCUCUUUUUCCUUUUCCCUAUUUCUUUCUCUCUCUAUUUACACCCUGAAGUUGGUUGCUAAUUGUUCACCAUCAGCAUUAUCCACCUUCAUCGUUGGCACCAUGCACCAAAAGCAUGCAGAUGAACACGCAAACAUUAUUAUCAUCACGUCUGCAAAUGUUAUACAUCAAUCUACUCACACUCAUGAGAUGAAUCAUCUAAUAUUUCUGCUGUUUUCAAUGAUCGACAAUUGAAAAUAGAUCCAAUCACCGAUGCUUUUUAUUAAUCAAUUAAAAUUGAAUCUAUACACUCACAUAAACUGUUAAUGGUUGCUCAAAAUUAUCAAUACGAAUGAAAACAAAAACGUUAAAAUUUUAUUAAUUGUUAAUGAUUUUGAAUCGAGAGAAGAAAACAAAAGUAACUAAUGACAAAAUCCAUUCAAAUUAUUGAUACAACAAUUAACCAACUUCUGUUUUUUUUUAGAUAAUUAAGUCACUAAAUUAAAAUUAACUACAAUUAACAUGCCUUAUAAGUUAAUUGGAAAAUUAUUGAGAAACUAUAAACUAAA